AUGAUGAUGACUGGCCGUGUGCUGCUGGUGUGUGCCCUCUGCGUGCUGUGGUGCGGUGUCUGCGGUGGUGGACGAGCUGAAACAACUCCAGCAGCUUCUCCGGGUAAUACGUCCGACGGGAACACUCAAAACGAUUCCACAGGUGUCGCUGGAGGAGGUGUCCAAAACGGUCAACAGGCAGCGCAACAAGCAGCAGCACCAACGACGUCAGAAUUACCGGGUACGCCACCGAGCCCAUCACUGGCACCACAAUCCGGAGGAAAAGCAUCAGAAAAGGCAAGUGAAACGAUUGAAAAAAAGGAUCAAAAUACAGAAGAAAAAAAGAAGCAAGAAAAAAAGGAGGAAGAAGAAGAGAAAGAGGAAAAAGAAGAAGAAGAACCUGUUACCGGCACCACGGAGGGGAUCUCAGCAGGCGGUCAAGAGCAGCCAAGUUUAUCUUCUGGUGCGGAGGGAGCAUCGAAUAUAACAAAUCCCAACAGCACACCAACAACUGGAGACGAUGAUCCAGCAGCUGAUGUUGCAGGGACAGCAGAGGGAAAACAAAAUGAGAAUAAAGAAUCCAAUCCGAAAGAAACACCAGUCGAAUCCACAGCCAUGAAAACUACAACGGCGACGACUGGCGACAGUGACGGCAGCACCGCGAUCUCCCACACCACCUCCCCUCUUUUGCUUCUUCUUCUUGUUGCUUGUGCGGCUGCGGCUGCGGUGGUGGCCGCGUGA